UAGAUAGAUUAUCAUAUAACUUUGUCUUUACAUUUUCUAUUGGGGUAUAAAGCUAUAAUGGUCUAGAUUUUAUCCUUUAAAUAAUUCAUUGAGAAGUGUGUCUGUCAUGUUUUUCCAUGGCAAACUCAUGCCACAUAGGCUACCAAUACUCUACAUAAUUUCUGCUCCUACUUCUCAGGACCAAAAGUAAAAUUUAAAUUUUGCUUCCCCCAAGAAGAGAUUUGUUUAUAUUUCUCACUUCUUUUCUCCCCACAACCAACAAGAUGACUCCUUCACACUCUCCAAACUUCUCCUUAUCCUCCUUCCUUUGGGCAGCCACAGAUUAUGAAGAGAUUUGCUAGUUCUGAUAAUCUAGAAUAGCUAGCCAUAUUGGUAACAAACCUCUCCCCUGUUUUCGAAACGAAGUUCUAUCGCCAAAAGGCCUGUAUAGCAUAGCAUGAGUUCGAACGAGUUUGGUUCAGAAAGAUCGAAACCCUGGAACAUAUACACGACGUCAGAUCCAAGUCCAUCACAGGCAGUGGUUGAUCAGGAAGCUCCAUGGAAAAACUUUGGAGCAUCAAUGAAUGCUAUUUCUUUCGGUUUUGUCGCCACAGCUAUCUUGAUAUCGAUGUUUCUAAUCAUGGCGAUUUUCGAGCAUCUCUUUAGGCCUCCAACUUCCUUCUCUUCACCUGAUGUGAUGAACAAUGUUUCUUCAGAUUCAGGACCAAAGACAAACCUUGGCAAUGCACAAACUGUGUCGACAUCGUAUGCAUCAGAUUUCUCAGUAUUGAUGCCGGGGCAACAGUAUCCCACCUACAUUGCCCAACCUGCUCCACUUGGACCUCUGCCAUGCCAAAGAGAAGGAAUCUAUCGGCCUUCUUAUCAUCAUGAACAUAAUUUUGUACAUCCUUAAGACUAAAAGUAUUUGCAUCGAGGCAUCAGUUGAGGCUGUUUGUAUAUCUCUACAAAAUGAUCAAUUUUAUGAUCAAAUUUAUGUGUUCUAUUAGAGCAAAUUAUCAAAUCAAAUCAAAUAUCAGAAGCCUGUUUUU